AUGUUGAUUGACUUGUCCUCAAUCCAUGCCGAAGCCCACAAUGAGAUCAGCUCUAAUCAACGUCGGCCACCACUGGAUGCACCAUUGCAAUGGGGGUUCAACUUUAUGUCAAACGCAAAGCAAGAUGGAUAUGGCUUUUCAAGUGGGUUCCAGGAAUUUUGGAGAAGCUCCUAG